AUGACUAGCAAAGGAAUAAGGUUCUGGUGGAUUAUUGAAGAGGAAGAGCAGAAGGAAACGUGUUGCCGUUAUGUCGGCUUAUCCCGGUUGGAGAUUGAUGACAAUGGAGAGCUGAAUAAUAGUUAUUUGCCAAGAAUAGUUCUACUGAUGCACCGAUGGUAUUUAUCUUCCACUGAAUUGGCAGAAAAACUUCUUUGCAUGUACAGAAAUGCCAGUGGAGAAGGCUGCGAUGAGUUUCGAUUGAAGAUCUGCUACUUCAUGAGGUACUGGAUUCUGAAGUUUCCUGCAGAGUUUAAUUUGGACCUUGGUUUGAUUCGUAUGACUGAGGAAUUCCAAGAAGUAGCUAGUCAACUAGGAUACGAAAAACACAUUGGUCUCAUCGACAUAUCCAGCAUUCCUUCCUACGACUGGAUGAGACGAGUCACACAGAGGAAAAAAGUAUCCAAGAAGGGAAAAGCCUGUCUGCUGUUUGACCAUCUGGAGCCCGUUGAAUUGGCUGAGCACCUCACUUUUCUGGAGCAUAAAUCUUUUAGAAGGAUCUCAUUCACCGAUUAUCAAAGCUAUGUCAUCCAUGGCUGCCUGGAGAAUAACCCAACCUUGGAGAGAUCUAUUGCUUUAUUUAAUGGAAUCUCUAAGUGGGUCCAGUUGAUGGUUCUUAGCAAACCAACCCCCCAGCAAAGGGCAGAAGUCAUCACAAAGUUUAUCAAUGUUGCAAAGAAGCUCCUUCAGCUCAAAAAUUUUAACACUCUGAUGGCGGUAGUGGGAGGCCUUAGUCAUAGUUCUAUUUCACGCCUCAAAGAGACCCAUUCUCAUCUUUCUUCAGAAGUUACAAAGAACUGGAAUGAAAUGACAGAGUUAGUCUCCUCCAACGGCAAUUACUGCAAUUACCGCAAGGCCUUUGCCGACUGUGAUGGCUUCAAAAUCCCCAUUCUUGGAGUCCACUUGAAAGACCUGAUAGCAGUCCAUGUCAUUUUCCCAGACUGGACUGAGCAGAACAAAGUGAACAUUGUGAAAAUGCACCAGCUCUCCGUUACCCUGAGUGAACUGGUCUCCCUGCAGAAUGCCUCUCACCACUUAGAACCCAACAUGGAUUUGAUCAACCUGCUCACGCUUUCUCUGGACCUCUAUCACACGGAAGAUGAUAUUUACAAACUGUCACUGGUGCUGGAGCCUAGAAAUUCCAAAUCACAGCCUACCUCCCCGACGACGCCCAACAAGCCCGUGGUGCCCCUGGAGUGGGCAUCGGGGGUGGUGCCGAAGCCGGACCCCACAGUCAUCAACAAACACAUACGGAAAUUAGUCGAGUCUGUGUUUAGGAACUACGAUCACGACCACGAUGGGUACAUCUCCCAAGAGGACUUUGAAAGUAUAGCUGCCAAUUUUCCCUUCUUGGAUUCCUUCUGUGUGCUGGACAAAGAUCAGGAUGGCCUGAUUAGUAAAGAUGAAAUGAUGGCUUACUUCCUGAGAGCUAAAUCCCAACUACAUUGUAAAAUGGGACCGGGAUUUGUCCAUAAUUUUCAGGAGAUGACCUAUCUCAAGCCAACCUUCUGCGAACACUGUGCAGGAUUUCUCUGGGGCAUAAUCAAGCAAGGAUACAAAUGCAAAGACUGCGGAGCCAAUUGUCACAAACAGUGCAAAGACCUCCUGGUUCUGGCUUGUAGAAGAUUUGCCCGGGCGCCCUCUCUGGGCAGUAGUCAUGGGUCGCUGCCUGGAAGCCCCUCGCUGCCCCCAGUGCAGGAUGAGGUGUUUGAGUUUCCUGGAGUUGCUGCUGGACACCGGGAUCUGGACAGCAGAGCCAUCACACUGGUCACAGGCUCUUCUCGCAAGAUCUCUGUGAGGCUGCAGCGGGCCACCACCAGCCAGGCCACCCAGACUGAACCUGUCUGGUCAGAGGCUGGCUGGGGAGACUCAGGAUCCCACACCUUCCCCAAAAUGAAAUGCAAGUUCCAUGACAAAGCAGCAAAGGACAAAGGCUUUGCCAAGUGGGAAAAUGAGAAGCCCAGGGUGCAGGCUGGCGUGGAUGUUGUAGACCGAGGCACCGAGUUUGAACCUGACCAGGAUGAAGGAGAGGAGAGUAGACAGGACGGUGAGGAUGGCUGACUUCAGGCUGUGGAAACUGAAGGCAGUAAUGUUGGCUUUUGGAAGGAGCAGAAUAAGAAUCAUUGAAGAAAGCUCAGACUCUCAGGAAGUCACCUGGAAAGAUAUCUGGAUGCUUCCUGUCUUGUGACAUUGUGGGAUCUCCAUGAUUGGACUACGGGACAGAGGAUUCACCCUAACUAUGAACUAUUUAUUUCUCCUCCCUUGCCCUUAGUUAGGUGCCACCAAGCCUGUAUUAUGCAGUUAGUAGUUUUCUUACGUAUCUUUCUCUAGAGCCAUUUAUAAUACGGGUGAAAUGAAAGCUCUUGCGCACGCACUUGA